GCAAAAGCAAAGCGUAAAAGGGAAAAAUUAAAAAAAGGAAACACUCAAAUUUUAUUCUCUCUCUUUCUCUUUCUCUUCCUCUUCUUGGUAAGGAAGAAGAAGAAAAGAGGAAUUGGGAAUACCAGAACGAAUAUCUGCUAGGAAGUGUUCCAAAAGGAAGGUACAAGAAGGGGAUUAAAAAAGGACUUUUUAGUCUGUAGGUUUUUUUUUUCUUUAUAUAUUGUGAAAACAAGGUAAAGGGAAGAAAGACCGGAGAAGAGAUGGGGAAGAUUGAAGAGAGUAAUGGGAAUUUGAAAUCAAUUAACAAGUUUCCAUUAAGGUUUUGGGAGGUGGUGAUGGCUUCAAUGGUGGUGAUUGGUUUCGUGGUGGGGUUGCUGCUGGUUUAUCUGACUAUGCCCGCAUCUGAUUACAGCUUCCUCAAGCUCCCUAGAAGCCUUGAGGAUCUUCAAAUCCUUAGAGAUCACCUUGAUAACUACGCAAGCGACUAUACCAUACAGGUCUUGGUGGGAUACUGUGCGGUCUACAUUUUCAUGCAAACUUUCAUGAUUCCAGGGACUAUUUUUAUGUCUCUGCUUGCUGGAUCCCUUUUUGGUGUCAUCAAGGGUGUAGCUCUGGUUGUGUUCAGUGCCACUGCUGGUGCUUCUUCUUGCUAUUUCUUGUCGAAAUUGAUUGGUCGACCUCUUGUCUUUACAUUAUGGCCUGACAAGCUGGUUUUCUUCCAGGAUCAGGUAGCUAGAAGAAGAGAGAAUUUGUUGAACUACAUGCUUUUCCUGAGACUGACCCCAACUUUGCCUAACACGUUUAUUAAUGUUGCUUCACCAAUAGUUGAUGUACCAUAUCAUAUAUUUUUCCUGGCAACUGUUAUUGGACUCAUUCCUGCUGCUUAUGUAACUGUCAAGGCUGGUAUAGCGCUUGGAGAGUUGCAGUCUUUGGGGGAUCUUUAUGAUUUCAACUCCGUGGCGACUCUUUUCUUUAUCGGUGUCAUCUCCAUUACCCCAACACUAAUAAGCAAGAGCAAAACAUAGUAAUCUACUAGCUGGAUAUGCUUGGUGUACAUUGAUGGGCCUUUCUCUCCACGGAAAUUACAAUUUCAAUUCUGUACAUAUUUAGCUUCAAAUAAAUCAAGAUGCAGCAAUCUCUUCUGCUUGUAAAUUCAUCACCAAUGCUGCGGCAGACACUGAAGAUGAGUUGGCCUUCCACGAAAUCUAUGUGACGAUAAGUGUUUGUUCUUGUUAGUGUUGUUUGGUGAAGGUGAGUUAAGGGCGAGGGAGGGAGGUUGAGUGUUUGUAUAAUUUCACUUUAAAUGAUUGGAAAACGGGCUUCAACAUCUAAUUAGUUGGAUAACCUUUUAACAA